GAGCAGCUGGUGCUCUCGCCAGGGCAGUGGCCGGUGAGCGACAACACCCUCAUGCACAUCGCCACCGCUGAGGCCCUCACCACAGGUAUUGCUGGUUUGUGGUUGCAGAAUUCAGAUGUGAGGGCAGCUGCUGUCAGUGAAGUCUCACUUGUGCGCCAGAUUUAGCACUGCGGUCACCGUGGAGGAAUGCCAUCGGCUCCGUGGCCGGCCCCUGAGUACCCAGGCCGCCAGCCAGACUGUGAUAAGAUAAGGCCUCCCAGCCUGUCGGGAUGGUGACGCAGCUGAGUCUGCCGGUUAUGGAAUGCAGACGCUUCCCGUUUCUGGUAUUUUCAGGCAGAUUCCUGGGUGCCUCGGGGGUCAGCAGCGCCAAGAGCAAACCCGCCGGGCCAGGCCUGCACAGCACAGCUGGGCUGUGUUCCAGCCGCACACAGCUGGCGCGUACUCAUGAGCGUCGCUCUUGUCAUGUGUCUGGUGCUGUGUGUGCACGAGCACACGCGUCCACGUCUCUUCACGUGUGCCCUCCCCCUCUCUGGUGGCAGCUCAAUAAGCAUUUGGUGAAUGCAGAGCCCAGGGCCGUGUGUCGGGGGCUGCGUGGUUGCCCCGGGAGGGCCCUGGCGCAGGUGGGCGCUCCGUGCCGACGACGCGCUGUCCGAGGCUGGACCCCUGUGCCCCGCGGUGCGGCGUGCGUGUUCAAAGGGUCGCGCAGCUGCGGGGCGUCGUCCACAAAGAGGACAGUGAGUUCCUUCCACGUGAUUGCAGCGCUCAGACGCGGGGGAGGGGGGGUCUUUGCCGCCCUGUUCCGGCCUCUGGUCUGUGGGCCGUGAGGAUGCGCCCCUGCAAGACCCCCACGGGAACCGCUCACUCCAGAGACCAAGCGAGCAUGUGUUCAACUUGCUGAAAAUCAGAGUGGAAAUUUCAUUUUUGUUUUUCCUUUAAAUAACAGCUGUAGCCUACAGAAGGGGGUCUUUGAGCAACGCUAGUGAUGUAGGAGCCACCUCCUCCGUGGCGUGUGCUCACGUAUGAUCUUCCACAGGUGUCGCUCACGUGAUACCAUCGCCUCCGUCUUACACAGGAGGGACGGACCCACAGAGAGGCUGAGCCGCUUGCCCGGGGCCACACAGCCUGCGCGUGGCAGAGCAUCCCGGGGCCACACGGCCUGGCCUGGAGCCUGUGCGUCCCGGCCCCUAAGGCCACCGUGGGCCGGGCGAGCACCUGGCUGUGCAGCAGCUUUGCAACCUGUUUUCCAGAGCCUGGCAGGUCGGACAGAGCGCACGUCUAAGUUUCACGCGCAAGUCCCUCAGCCAGGAACCUCGCGGCUACGUGGUCCGCCAGCCCCAGUUCUGUGCCCGCAUGAGCAUCCGCGGAAGGCCGGGCGCAGCCCGCGUGGCCCCAGCGUGGGGGCAUGGGGGGUACUGAGCGGGAAACAGCAGCGCCCCAUGUCCUACAGGGCACGUAAGCAGCGCCAUCUACACAGCCAUGAGCAAGGCACCCUGUCACUGUGUCACUCUGCAGGCACUCAGCAAAUACCUGCCACCCGCCAGCUCCCGCCGGGCUCCUCCUCCCAGCAGCCUGCCCUUCUGCCCUACUCCUGCUGGCCCAGAGAACUGGGGAGGGGCCGCGCUGAGCCCACCUCCUCACGGGUCACAGGAGGAUUACGUGGGGCAGCCCACCUGAAGCAGAAGGUGGGCUCGGUGAGCUGACGUGGACAGUGGCUCACGGCAACACAGCUAACGUCAUGUCUGCAAACCGUCGCGAGCUGCUGAGGGUCCGCAGCCCGACUGUCGUGGCCGAGUGGGCAGCGCGAGAGGGCGGCCGGCAGGGGGUGCCGUGCAGCCCGGCGACCUCUUCUUCCCUGGGUGGCCUGACACCAGCCACGGGGCGGAGCCUGGGCCUGGGGAGCGAACAUUUGAAACAGUUGGCGUUUUGCUACAAGUGACUUGAUACUGACUACUGGUGCCUGGACGACCUGUACCGGGAGAUGGUGCGGCGCUACGUGGACAUCGUCGAGAAGCUUCCAGAACGCCGGCCAGACCCAGCCACCGUCGAAGCCUGCUCCCAGCUGAAGCCAGACAACUACCUGCUCGCCUGGCACACGCCCUUCAACGAAAAGGGUUCAGGGUUCGGAGCGGCCACGAAAGCCAUGUGCGUGGGCAUGCGGUACUGGGGGCCCGAGCGCCUGGACACCCUGGUGGAGGUCAGCAUCGAGUGCGGCCGGAUGACCCACAACCACCCCACAGGCUUCCUCGGGUCCCUGUGCACGGCCCUGUUCGUGUCCUACGCCAUCCAAGGAAAGCCGCUGGUGCAGUGGGGCCGGGACAUGCUGCGGGUGGUCCCGCUGGCCGAGGAGUACUGCAGGAAGACCAUCCGGCACAUGGCAGAGUACCAGGAGCACUGGUUCUACUUUGAAGCUAAAUGGCAGUUCUAUCUGGAGGAGAGGAAGAUCAGUGAGGACAAGGACGACAAAGCCACCUUCCCUGACAACUAUGACGCCGAGGAGAGGGACAAGGCCUACAGAAAGUGGAGCUCAGAAGGCCGCGGGGGAAGACGAGGCCACGACGCCCCCAUGAUCGCGUACGACGCCCUCCUCGCGGCGGGUGGCAGCUGGACAGAGCUGUGUCGCCGCGCCAUGUUCCACGGAGGUGAGAGCGCGGCCACGGGCGCCAUCGCGGGCUGCCUGUUCGGACUGCUGUACGGCCUGGACCCCGUCCCCAGAGGCCUGUACCAGGACCUGGAGCACAGGGAGAAGCUGGAGGCCUUGGGCGCGGCCCUGCACCGCCUGUCCACCCAGGAGAAGUAAAGCCUCUCUGCCCCCGGGCCGGGGAGCCGCCUGUGGGUCCCUCGCCCGGAGUCACCUGUUCUCCUCCCGGCGCAGAGCCCCAGCCGCCGUGUAAAACGCACCGUGUGUCCUGCGUGGUGUGGGACUCGCCGCCCAGCCUCCAGUGCGGCGGUUACAGACAGUCUCUGGGACAGCCGUGUGUUUUCUGUGUCCCAGAACUAACACGUUUGCUCGCGCACGCCGGCGGCACUAACGGCCCCGCUGCAGCCCCAGGCGCCGUGGCCGCUGGCCUCAGCCCCGCUGUCUCCUCAGCACCUCCCGCGGCAGUGGGCGUGUCCUUGCGGCAGGGAAAGCAGCCCACUCCUUGCCUUCUGGGUGUAGCCGAAGCCCUGCCCUAACCCCCCAGCCCAGUUUUUAAUCACACUAGAUUUGUAAGAUCAACCUCUUUAGAGCAACUUGCCUGAGAAGAGCGGGAAGUGACAGCCUCGCGCUGUGUCCUCGUUGGUCCGCGCGGCUUAGCGGGUCGGGUCCAAACGGCAGAGGAGGCCUCUGACCCCCUACACCCUCUCCCUGCAGGCUCACUCCGUGUCCCCGCAGCCGGGGUCUCUGUCUCGGAGAGCCUUCGGAUGGAGAACAUGUGCUCUUGUUGUCUAACGUAAAUCUGGACACAAUUUUUUUCAAGCAGCAUCUGGUGUGAAUAAAACAGCAGUUGAGACUGA